ACCAUGACAACACAUACAUCAGCGCGUGUCAUUUUCAUCCUGUGUUUAUCGGGAUACAGCCUUGCCAGCCGAAAGCUUCUGCUGUUUCUGAUCGACGGAUUCCGUUAUGAUUACAUCGAUGAUCUGGAGGCCUUUCCUGGAUUUAAAGAAAUCGUGGAAAACGGCGUUAAAGUGGAUUACCUGACUCCCGAUUUCCCAAGCCUGUCAUACCCCAAUUACUACUCUCUUAUGACAGGCCGAAACUGUGAUGUCCAUCAAAUGACUGGCAAUUACAUGUGGGACCAGGCCACGAUGAAGGAGUUCCUCAUUGGAACAAAUCCAGACAGCCGUCUGGGGAUGUGGUGGGACGGCUCGGAGCCCAUCUGGGUAACCAUGCAGAAGCUGAAGAAAAACGCCUUCAUGUACUACUGGCCCGGUUGCGAGGUGGACAUUAUGGGCGUGAGACCAACGCACUGUGAGGAAUAUGUCUACAACCCCUCUGAAAAAAACUUCACAGACUCAUUUGAGAAAGCACUCAAUGCCUUAAGCAGUGGCAAGGCAGAUAUGGCUGGCGUGUACUAUGAGAAGGUUGACGUAGAAGGGCACCACUACGGUCCCCUGUCCCCUCAAGUGCGGACUACCAUCAACCGACUAGACCUCGUCUUUCAGACAUUAAACCAAAGGAUCAAGAACAAAAACCUGCAAAAUGACCUCAAUGUUAUGAUUUUCUCCGAUCAUGGCAUGACUGAUAUCAAGUGGAUGGAAAAAGUUAUUGUGUUAGAGCUGUAUAUAAACAUGUCAGAUAUAGUGAAGAUGAUGGACAGGGGAUCUGUCGUCAGUCUUUGGCCAAAGCAGUCAAAAUAUGAACUGAUAUACCAAAGGCUGAGUGUUGCAGAAAACAUGAACGUCUACAAGAGACAGGAGAUCCCAGACCGAUACCAUUAUAAGAAUGGAAAGUUUGUCUCCACGCUCACCUUGGUGGCAGACCCUGGCUGGUUCAUCACAGAGAGCUUGUCCAAACUGCCGUUCUGGAAGAACAGAACCGGGGAACCUCAGGGCUGGCAGCACGGUUGGCACGGAUACGACAACGAGUUUGUGGACAUGAGGGGAUUCUUCCUGGCACAGGGACCAGACUUUAAGCGGAAUCUGCGAGCCGGUCCCAUCCGCUCGGUGGACGUGUACAACCUGAUGUGCCACACGCUGGGGGUACAGGCUCUGCCCAACAACGGCUCCUGGACCAGAGUGGAGUACAUGCUGAGCCCCGGCGUUUCGGCCGGGGAGCGGCACGGCCCACUUUCCGGUUCUGUCCUGGGCCUGGUGCUGCUGGUGCUGGGUCUCCAGGUAUAGCUUCACCGUCAGCUCUGACUGCAGCAGGUGUGUGCACACCAAAAAAAACAACACGUCUGUAAUUCAAAUACAGUUUCUCAAACAAUUUUCUAUAGAAUUUGACAGUAGUAGAAUUUGACAGUUUCUUGGGGGUGGGUCAGUAUUCUCAGCUUUGUAUGUUAUCAAAAAGAUCUGGGGUUCUGGACCCCAACCUUGACUGAAUAUGACUUAAGGUGCCUUCUAAGUGACCUUGUCCCACAAGAGAUAAGGUCCAUUUGACUUCCCCAAGUUACUACAUAAGUUCAUCCAAAUAGCCUGCCACUCGCCCACAAUAUUCUCCCAGUCAGUGCUACCUCUCUUCUGUAGUACCGUGUGGACAAUUGGGCAUACUGUACUCACUCACAAUGGGAGUGCAUGAGAUGACUCUUUGAAGAGGAGGUUUUUUUAAUUUCUUUUUUUCCAAAAAUUAUUAGUCCGUAUUCAGGAUCCCCAUUGCUCUCGGUUACCAGCAGUGAUUGCUAAAUCAGCAUUAUAAUGUUCAGUUAAGGACAUUCAAAUCAUGUAUUUGUGAACUUACACCUUAAAUGGUUAUUGAGUGAAAUUACAGGAAAUAGUGUUAUGAAAUAAAGUGUUUACUGUUUUGAUCCAACAGAUUUUCUUAACAGAAUUCACGUUUAUACUGUUUGCCAGUCAUGCACAGUAUUUGCACAGCUAUGUGUAUUUUAGAAAGUAGAAUGAACUUGUACUGUAUGUAAAUUUAGUUUGUUCCUAUCUAAGUUUAUUCUGUAAUAUCUGUGAACUUGUUAUCCACUUUUAAUCUUUAUGAUCUUGUUUUUUAUUCUUGUAACUCACAAAGAAAAUGCAUACUCUGAAUGUAUCUCUGGUAAGCAAGUUUGUACUAAUUUGUUUUAUUAAUAAAAAAAAGAUAUUUUCCUCUUUA